AUGGAAGAAGUAUCAGUUGAUAAAUUUCGAAACGAACAGUGGCGUGACUUGAGACGUCUUACUGAUGGAAAAUCGGCCUUUGCCCAUCCAGCCUUUGAACCAGGAAUACAGAAUUUGGAAACUGUACAAAAUUGUCACGUGUUAGUUGUCGGAGCUGGAGGAUUAGGAUGUGAACUAUUGAAAGAUUUGGCGUUAUCUGGUUUUCGAAAAAUCGAAGUCAUCGACAUGGAUACGAUAGAAUUGUCCAAUCUAAAUAGGCAGUUCCUUUUUCGUGAAACUGAUGUUGGUAAAUCAAAAGCCGAGGUAGCGGCGGCAUUUAUUCGGAAACGAAUCCCGGAUUGUCCUGUAGUCGCUCAUAACUGUAAGAUACAGGAUAAAGAUGACCAGUUCUAUCGAUCGUUUGAUAUUAUCAUUUGUGGUUUGGAUUCUAUCGUUGCGAGAAGAUGGCUUAAUGCUAAAUUGGUGAGCUUAGUGGAAUUCGAUUCGAAUGGUGGUCCGGCAGGUAUCAUACCCUUAAUUGAUGGUGGUACAGAAGGAUUUAAGGGCAAUUCCCGAAUAAUAUUGCCUACAAUGACUGCUUGUAUUGAAUGUACCGUUGAUCUUUAUCCGCCACAGACCACUUUUCCUAUGUGUACAAUAGCAAACACUCCUCGACUUCCUGAACAUUGUAUCGAAUAUGUAAAAUUAAUACAAUGGCAUACAGAUAAACCUUUUAACGGUGAAUCGAUGGAUGCUGAUAACAUAGAACACGUGAAAUGGAUAUUUAAAGCUGCUUUGAGUAGGGCGAACAAAUAUAAUAUCAAAGGGGUUGAUUUAAGGCUUACAAAAGGCGUUCUGAAACGAAUAAUUCCCGCUGUAGCUUCCACCAAUGCUGUUAUUGCGGCUUCAUGCGCAUUGGAGGCUUUGAAAUUAGCUUCAAAUAUUUCUUGUCCAAUGCAAAAUUAUCUCAAUUUCACCAACAUUGAGGGAGCUUUUAUUGGAGUUGUCAAAUUGGAGAAAAGACUAGACUGUCUAGUAUGUGGUGAACAGGCACAGUAUGUUGAUGUACCCGCUAAUAAAACAUUACGCUAUUUGCUAGACGAAAUUUUAAAAAGAUACCAGCUUUGUAAUCCAUCAGUACAAACAGCAAAAGAAAAGUUAUAUAUGAAAAGCGAUUUGAUACCUGAAUUGGACCAAAUCAGCACUGCCAAUUUAUCCAGAACUUUGAAAGAUCUUGGUUUGGCGAAUGGUGACGAGCUUCUUAUUGCUGAUGAAACUCGAGCACGACCAAUUUCCUUACGUAUUCGAUAUCAAGGAGACUGA